AUAUAGUAUAGCAAUCGGAUACUUUGCUGUUGAUAAUUUUGUGUGGUGGGGGAAAAAAACUGAUAAGAAUGCAUUCUAUGAUCCCGCCAUAAACGAAUUAAUAUCAAGAUAUAAAAUAACGGCUCAUAAAAAAGUUAUAAAAAGUGCAGAGCGGUUAAUACACAAUUAAACUCAAUUCUUUCUGAAUUUCACAAUUUCUUCAAAUACUUUUUUUAUUCUAUAGACGAAUUUUGAAGAUUUUUAAAAUCGCUUGCUUUAAAAUGGACCCAAUUGAAAUUACUCCAAUUUCCAGGUUGGCACUAGCACGUUGCCACAGUUCGCCCAUCAGAGCUCGCGUUACGUGGAAGUCGGAGAUAUCCGAGUGGAACAGUGAUCACCUAAAUGGGUCAAUCCUCCUCAUGAAUUUGUUGGAUAACAGCGGAGAAAUUACUGUCGUUUUAUUUAACGAACAGUGCAAAAAGUUCGAUCGACAAAUUUUCACUGGCAGCGAAUACAAUUUUAUUAAUUUUGAAGUGAGGCAGACGGAUACGGACUUUAAAAUUUUGUCUAGUCCCUUUCAGAUAUAUUUUAUCGACUCAACAAUUGUACAACUAAGGGACCGAACAAGGGACAACUUUCUUCCGCUUAAGGAGGUUCCUAAAGUGCCAGAUAAUGAGCCAGUCGACACAAUUGGCAUCUGCUCAGAGGUGCGUAAAGCGAAAUAUAGAGGAGGACACCUUAUUCGAGAAAUAUUACUGACUGAUGCUGAAUCUAUCAAUGUCAUCUUAAACCUAUGCGAAAAGACUGCUCGCAACUUUAGGGGUAAACCUGAUGAUAUUAUCGUGGUGAAAGGGGCGCGUGCCCGACUUCAUAAUAAGGAAGUAAAAUUGAACGCCGACUGGUAUACCAAUUUGCAGAUCAAUCCCAAUAUUCCAAAAGCUAUUAGUUGGCGUGAAUAUCUGGAAAAUCUAUAAAUAAAACGUCCAUUAUGUAAAAAAUUUACGUUUUUGUAAGUGUGGUGGUCAAUAAAAUAACCAUUCUAUUUAAAUAAAUAAAUAUUGUCAUUAAAA